AUGGCCUUGAAAGGGAAGAUGGAGGCUAAAGAAGCUCUAACGGUGGAAGACCUAGAAGCAGCAGACAUGCCCGGCAUCGACCCUGCUGUGAUAGAGCACAGGUUGCAGGUCAACCCCAACCACCGACCUAUGAAACAGAAAAAAAGGAGCUUUGCGAUGGAGCGGAUCAAAAUAAUUAACGAAGAGGUGACGAAACUGUUGCAGGCCAACUUCAUCCGAGAAGUGGACUACCCCGAGUGGCUGAGCAAUAUGGUCCUGGUCAGGAAGCCCAAUGGAAAAUGGCGCACCUGCAUAGACUUCACGGACUUGAAUAAAGCGUGCCCAAAGGACAGCUUUCCUCUCCCUCGAAUUGAUCAGCUACGACCGGAGAGUUCGGGAAGGAUGACGAGGUGGUCAAUAGAAUUAAGUGAAUUCGACAUACAGUAUCAACCGAGGCCCGCAGUCAAGGCUCAGGUACUCGCGGAUUUUACAGCAGAAAGGCUCCCCGAGUCAUCCACCAAGUCGGAGGAGUGGACAUUGCACGUUGAUGGGUCCUCUAAUGCUUCUGGAGGGGGAGCCGGAUUCAUCGUUUCUGACCUAGAGGGCAAUGAAACUCUCUUCGCCAUAAAACUGGAGUUCAUAGCAACCAACAACGAGGCGGAGUACGAAGCCCUGUUAGCCGGCCUGCGCCUGGCGGAAGCAUUAGGGGUGGCACAGAUCAAAGUACUGAGUGAUUCCUAG